AUGGAUGGAAAGGGUGAAACUAUGGGUGGAAUUGUCGUUUUCCUUUGUUCCAAUAUAGCCAUAGAAUGGGAUCUUUCGAGAAAGAAGGUAAGAAUCGACGGAGUAUGCGAUGAUGAGGAUCUCCAUGAAAAUUAUAGCGUGAGAAAGAGCUUAAAGAUAGACAUGUUGGAGAUCCAAAACGAGAACAUAGAUCUACAUGGAGAAGAAAAAUAA